CACUUUCGGAGGCCAUUACAGGCACACUGCAACGUGCAAUCUUGUUGUUGUUAGCUAUACAGCUAGCUACUAUUAUUACAAACUAGCGCUACCUUUCCUGCCAUGGCAGACAGAAGUCAGGUGUGUUCAAUAUGGGUGGGAUCGGAAACAGGGAUUCUGAAAGGUGUCAGCCUAUCCAAAAAACAGGCUUUCAAUUUCUGUGAGAUGAGCUGUCUGAGCCGAGACCAGGAGGUGUGCGCGCUGUGCUGGGGUGACCAGCAAGAGACAGAGGUGUUGGUGGGCUCGGUGAAUGGUACAGUGAAAACGUUCAGCACUGAGAAAGGGAUCUUCACUGAGACAAGGCAGUGUGGGGACAUCGGCCAGGGAAGGUUCACAGGACUUGCUGUGACAGACAGUUCUCUGAUCACGUGUGUGGAGUCGGGACUGCUGAGGGUGUGGAAGGAAGGAAGCACAGACACAGUAGAAAUCAACGCCGGGAAGAAUGUGUGUCGGAUGCGUCAGAACCCUUCACAGCGCCACCAGGUGGCCACGGGGGGGAAGGAUAAUGGCCUGAAGGUGUGGGACUUGGAGAGACCCGACGCAGCCAUAUUCACCUCCAAAAAUGUGCGUAACGACUGGCUGGACUUACGAGUUCCGGAAUGGGUCAGAGACAUGGCUUUCAUUCCAAACUCUGACAAGAUUGUCACCUGCACAGGUCACCACCAGGUGCGAGUGUACGACCCGUCCUCCCCUCAGAGGCGUCCGGUCCUGGAGGCUCAGUUUGGCGAGUACCCUCUCACAGCCCUCUCCCUGCCUGCCAACCAGGACAGUGUUGUGGUGGGCAACACACAGGGGCAUAUAGCCAUUUUGGAUCUGCGGAAAGGGCUGGUGCGUAGGUGUCUGAAAGGGCUGGCAGGGGGGGUGCGGGGGCUGCAGUGCCACCCCUCUCUCCCUCUGGUGGCUUCCUGCGGUUUGGAUCGCUUUCUAAGGGUACACAGCCUGGAGGAUAGUUCUCUACAACACAAGGUGUAUCUGAAGUCACGACUCAACUGUGUGCUCCUGUCCAGCCGAGAUCUCGAGCUGGGGGGCUCUGGAGAACCAGGAGAUGUGGAGGAGGUGAAGGAGGAGGCUGAGGACGAGGAGGUGUGGAACGCCAUGGAGAAGGUUCAGGAGAAGCCAGAGAAAAGGAAAGGAGAGGAGAUGGAGACUGCCGAAUGUGUGGAAAAGAUUACCAAGAAGAAAAGUGUAGCAAAGAUUACCAAGAAGAAAAGUGUAGCAAAGAUUACCAAGAAGAAAAGUGUAGCAAAGAUUACCAAAAACAAAAGUGUUGAAGAUUGACAAGAAGAAAAGAAAAGUGGUCCAGAAGUGACAGAGCGUGGAGAAAGAGAGGACUGUGAUCUCUGAGACAAGAGAUUAAGAUAUGAACGUGUGCUAAACAAUGAUUAUUCUUUACAUGCUACACAUUGUAUCGCCAUCAACUUAGUUUGCUCAUUUAACUAUCCUCAUUAAAUAUUUGAUCCAUACAAGACUUUGUUUUCCACAGAUAAAAUGUAUGUAAUCUGAUAUGUUCACAAAAGUAACUUUGUAUUGAAUGUGAUAUUACGUAAUGUUGAGAAGUGUAUUAGCUACAACAUUAUAAAAUACUGAUAUUCUAUUUUAUACAAGUUGACUUGUUUCUUUCUUUAAGCCAGUUAUCUCGACCCUGACCGAGUUGACAAAAAGCUUCAGUCAGAUUCUAUCAUUAGUCAUUUCUGUUUGCGUGUGCGUAAAAUGAAUGUUUUUUUUUGUCAUAAUUAACAUUUUGGACUUCUUUGGAUAUUUGUCUACCUGAUAAUAUUAUGGGUGUAUUAAUCCAAAUGACCACUGACAAUGGUUGGCAGCAUUAUACAGUUUAUAAAAAGUAAUCUAUACAAUAUAGAAAAAUAAGUAAGAAUUAGUUUUUCUAAGCCAAGCUAUAUGAUCAUGUUUGAUUAAAUGUUGCCAAGUAUUACUGUCUGGCUCCAUUUCAUGCAGUGUCAACUGUAUUAGCGUUUCAUACGGUGGUCAUGAGAUCGAACUGCUCAGAUUCAGGGGUAACGUGAUGGGUGUGUCCUUACCGUAGAUGAUGUCAUAGCUGCCUGCGCUGGACUCUGCACACUCAAACACACCUUCCCUUGACCGGUUGAGAUAAGAAAGCGUUUGUAUGGGCGAGGAUGCAGAAGACAUGAGAACAGGAGUCUUUAUUUCAUAAACUGAAAGUGACUUCUAACAUAUGUGGGUUUUUUCUGUUGUUACUGUAAAGAAAAAGCAACUGCC